AUGGAGAUAGAACCUGACAAACAUCUGAAGGGGAUGAAAGAGCUUUUGAGCACAAUGGACCCGCAGGCAGAUCCAAACACACACAAAGAAUUCAAGGAAAAAACGCAUGUAGUUUGUGCCAGGUUUUUGGGAGGUGCGUGGAAAACUGUUUCUCACGAAGACCUGAAAAUCAACAGAGUCAAGUUUGUUUAUAUGACGUUUUAA